AUGGAGGAGGAAAUCGACCGAGUCGUCCAAGCUAUUACGAUCGCCUCGGAUCCCUCACAAAUUUCCCUGCACCAGCAAGCCAUGGUGUAUCUUAAUUCGAUCGAGCAAAACGCUUCGGAAAGUUGGAGACUGGCUCUUCCCUUAUUUUUAAACACAACAUCAGGAGGGGCAAGGAAAUACUCGGACCAGGUUCGCUUUUUUGCGUUGCGUGUGCUUAAUGAGUACCUUGAUAAUCGAUUUGACUCCUUGGACCUAGAAUAUUUUCAGAUCAUCCAGCAAUCCAUUCUUUCUUACGUCCAAUCUGAAUAUAUCUAUGGAUCCGCAGAAGCCAAUGCCUCUUAUAUAAGAAACAAAUUUUCACAUACCCUCACUCUGUUCUUCCUUUGCACCUACGUCGAUCAGUGGCAAUCUUUUUUCGCCGACCUCUUUUCCCUCAUACGACCAGCGUCUGCUUCCUCGGAUGCUACCUUCAACCGACAUGUCUCUCUCCUCUUUUUCCAUCUAAUCGUCGAGAUUUCAGGUGAAGUCGCGGACCAGAUGAUCAAAGCCGCAAGAUCACACAAUCCAGCACGAUUAGCUCGGGAUGGUCGUGUGCGAGAUGCUGUCAGGGAGCGCGACGCAGUGCGCAUUAAUGAAGCUGUACUGGCGAUAGUUUCGGAAGCUGCUCAGAAGAUGUCGAUGUCGCGUAAACAAGGGGAUUCACCUUCAGAACGACAAUUGGCGGACGCCGAAGAAGUAGUGGAUUGGGGAAUACGGACAUUCGCUUCAUACGUCGGUUGGAUUGAUAUUAGUCUGACUGUGACGCCAACGACAGUUCCCUUACUCUUCUCGCUUCUCGCGGAUCCAUCCUUACCUAUUCGAUUGGCUACUUCUGGUGCUUUACUCAAAAUCGUCACCAAAGGGCUGAAAGAGCCGGGAGACAAACUUCAGCUGAUCAAAGUUCUUUCUUUGAGUCGAGUCAUCGACGCACUAGAGGCAAAAACGCGAAUACAACAGCGAGAGCGAGGGGAAAAUACAGACGAGGGAGAGGAAUCAUAUCGGGAAUCCUUGGGAAGGUUACUAAAUGCGUUAGGGCUGGAGUUAACAAAAUUGCAGGAAUGUCCGGCGGAAGAUGUGCGAACUGAAGCGAACGAUCUUUUGCAACAGUUAUUACCAAUUAUCAUACGAUUUAUGUCAGACGAUUACGACGACACUUGCUCAACUGUUUUCCUGUUACUACACACUAUAUUGAGUGCAUACAAACGCUCCAAGAAAGUAUCCGCUGGGCCAAUCGUGGCGGACAGGCGAAACUUUUUGACGUCACUCCUUCAAGUCAUUUUGGUAAAAAUGAAGUGGGAUGUGGAGGCGGAUCCGACAGACGUUGACGAUGACGAUAACGACGAGUUUGAGAGACUGCGCAAGGAACUUCGAAUAUUCAUGGAUUCGAUCCUUGCCAUAGAUCAAGACCUCGUCACUGAUUCCGUGCGACAGUAUGCUCUCACUACCAUCGAAGCAUACAAAAAUCGCGCUGAAGUAAAGUGGAAUGAAGCAGAGUUAGGAAUAUAUUUAGUGUAUAUUUUCGGCGAGAUCAACAAGACUGGUGGAAAGGGUCGUGCUGCAUUUUGUCUCGCCCCCGCUAUACCCAAGGACGUCCCUAAAGAUGCAAGGAAAUCCAUAGACUACGGAGAAUAUCCUCUCACCACCCACGGAGAGCUAUUGUUUGCACUAGUGGAGUCCGGCAUGUCAGCGUAUCCACAUCAAACCGUCGCCUUGCAAUUUUUCGAGACAGUCUCGCGUUACAAUGACUUUUUCAAAGUACGAAAAGAGUGCAUCGUCCCCACCCUAGAAGCUAUGAUAGAUACUCGAGGUAUUCAUCAUGGAAAUCCUACAUUUAGACGGCGGGUAUAUUAUCUCUUUCAUCGUUUUAUCAAAGAAAGCAGAACCGAUAUCCCGCUGGAAUUUGUUCCGAACAUCUCACAAAGCAUUCGCGACCUGCUGGCUAUCGAAGUUCAAAUUCCAGAACCCGACGAAGUAGAAGUUGAUUUACUAACGGACGCGGUCAAGAGUCCCACUUUCGAUGCGCAACUGUACCUUUUCGAGACUCUGGGCAUACUGAUAUCAUUGUUGUUCAAAAAUCCGACAGAACAGAAAGGGCUAUUGCUUAGUUUUGUAAAGCCUCUGAUGGAUGAUUUGUCGAGCGCUUUGCAGGGCUCCGCGAGCUCGAACAUUAAAGAGUUGGCCAGCGGAGGGUCAGGGCUAGAAGGGUCAGAGAUUGUACCGGUUGUUCAACUGCAUCACUUAAUGAUGGCGCUGGGAAGUAUCGCGAAAGGAUUCCCAGACUACCCUUCGCCACUGCCGGAUGAUUACAUUUUACCACCCGUGGACGUGUUCGCGGAGAUCGCUCAGGCUAUUCUGGUCUGUUUAGAAAACACCAAUGCUCUUAAAGUCAUCAGGGAUGCGACGCGUUUCGCUUUUGCGAGGAUCUUGGCCACAGCAGGUCCACAUGUAACACAUUUCAUCCCGCCCCUCAUGGGCAAUCUGCUGAUACACUUUGAGCCCUCGGAGCUGGUUGAUUUUAUGAACUUCAUUGGAUUGCUCAUCUUUAGACUUCAGGACGAUAUGUUUGAUGUUCUGGAUGAGCUCAUUGGGCCACUGACGACACAUAUAUCUACUACCUUGAGUCAGCCUAUUUCCGGCUCAGAUGAACAGAGAAUGCACGUUGAAAUAAAAAAGGCGUACAUAGGGUUGCUGACCAGUGUAAUGAGCACAAAAUUGCAAGGAGUUUUUAUUUCUCCACGAAAUAACUCUUCGUUUGAUUCCUUAAUGGAGACAAUGCGGAUUCUAGCGGAGGACACAUCGGACCCACCGAAUCAGAGAGCAGCCUUCAACCUACUGUCGAGAUGCGUUGCGGUGUGGGCACAACCGAAUCCAACACCGCCUGCUGCUAACGGAAAUAGUAAUCAUAAUCCUUUGAACGACAUGGGAAUACCUGGCUUCGAGAGAUUUAUCUAUGAACGACUGGUGCCUACAGCUUUUGGGGUACCGUCGCUUCCUAAUCUGAAUUUGAAAGACGGACAAGUCACUGUGGUUCUCCAUGAGAUUGCUAAUUUCUUACAAACCGUCUCUAAAACUCGAGGGUCGGAGGCGGACAAUUACCUCGUUAACGUGUAUCUGCCUGCACAGAAUUGGCCACAGAAUGCAGCAAUCGAUAUGACGACAAAGAUGCGCGAACUAGAUCCGAAAGGAUUUCGAAAAUACUUCACCGAUUUCGUGCGGUCAACGCGAACUGGUUCAUAA